UAAGCACAUGUUUUCUUUUUUUGCUGCAGGAUGAUUAUUUUCGUACAUGGAGUCCACUUAAAUCCUUUGAUCAAGCUUUAGACCCAGCUAAAGAUCCAUGCUUAAAGAUGAAAUGUAGUCGUCAUAAGAUAUGCAUUGCUCGAGAUCAACAAACAGCUGUUUGCAUUAGCCACCGGAGACUGACACACAGUAUGAAAGAAGCUGGUCUAAGCCAUAAACAAUGGAGAGUUGGUUCUCUUUCAUCAAAAUGCAAGCAAUGUCCUGUAAUUUAUACCAAUCCUGUUUGUGGAUCCGAUGGUCACACAUAUUCUUCUCAGUGCAAACUAGACUACCAAGCCUGUGUCUCAGGAAAGCAAAUCUCAGCUAAGUGUGAAGGACGUUGUCCUUGCCUUUCAGAAAAGUCCACAAGUGUGGGCAGAAGUGAUAAGAGAGCAUGUGGUGACCUGGAGUUCAGAGAGGUUGCAAGUAGAUUGCGAGACUGGUUCAAGGCUCUUCAUGAAAGUGGAAUUCAGAAGAGGACUAGAAUUUUGCAAAGGCCUGAAAGAAGCAGAUUUGAUACCAGCAUUUUACCAAUUUGCAAGGAGUCUCUUGGCUGGAUGUUUAACAGGCUUGAUACAAACUAUGACCUACUUUUGGACCAAUCAGAACUUGCAAGCAUAUAUCUUGACAAGAAUGAGCAGUGCACCAAGGCAUUCUUCAAUUCUUGUGACACUUACAAGGACAGUUUAAUAUCCAACAAUGAAUGGUGCUACUGUUUCCAAAGGCAGCAAGAUCCACCUUGCCAGACAUUGCUCAGCAACAUUCACAAACAACAAGGGGGAAAGAAGUUUUUAGGGCAAUAUAUUCCUUUAUGUGAUGAAGAUGGCUACUAUAAGCCAACUCAAUGUCAUGGAACUGCAGGUCAGUGCUGGUGUGUUGAUCGAUAUGGCAAUGAGGUAACAGGUUCCCGAACACAUGGUGCUGCAGAUUGUGAUUUAGAGACAUCAGGGGAUUUUGCCAGUGGUGAUUUCCAUGAAUGGACAGAUGAUGAGGAUGAUGAUAUCAUGAAUGAUGAAGAUGAAAUAGAAGAUGAUGAUGAGGAUGAGGGUGAUGAUGAUGAGGAUGGUGACCAUGAGGGAUAUAUUUGAUUUUCUUAGCUGUGACUAAAUUGUCUCUAAAAUUUACAAGAUGCCACCCCAGAAAAUUCUUCUAUCUUCAAAGGUCAAAUGGAUUCAAAUCUACAUGUAUAUUUUGUAUGAUUAUUUGAAACACUGCAGCUGGAGUCAUAGACAUUCUUUGUUUAAAUAAAAAUCAUUAUAUUAUGUGUUGUUUUUAUAUGCCACUCAGCAGAAGAAAAUGCACUGGAGUGUAGCCUUAAGAAAAAAAUAGUUGUUUGUGUGAGAUAGUAAAAAACAAACAACCCCCCAGAUAACUUUAAGGACAACUGCUCUUUGAGAAUCUAUAUGUACGUAAAGGCACACUUCCAGCAGGCCAGUCCUCUAUCAUAAAGCAACUAAACUCUUAAUCAUGAUGUAGAACAUAUGGCCUUUUUUCAGAAUGUGUAUGGGCAAGAGAAGGAAACUUUAAUCAAGAAUAUAACAUGUCAUCAGCUUAUUAUAUACUAGAGCACCAGAGAAACUAUAAGAGGAGAAAAAGUGCCAGGUACUCCUUUUCUGUUUCAAACUGUUAUGUUUUCAACUUCCAAUUUACUAGGAUCCUGAAAUGAUAUGCAUUCAUUCUCUGAAGCUUAACUCCUAGUGACUACAUGGACAUGUCCAUGUUGUUUUGGGGGAACAAAAUGGAAAUGGUCUGCCAUGGGCUUCUAGGAUUUUUUUUUAAUUUCCCAGCCUAAUAUACUGCUAUAAUAUUCCCCCUUUCAUAAAUUAACCAGGGCUAACCUGCUUAGCCUUUCUGAGAUCAACUAGAAAUAUAUUCAGUAAACCCCAACAUAGACUGAGCAGUUUUAAAGUUUGAUUUUGUUCUUUUCUCCUGUCCAUGUCAAAAUCAUGCAAGCUCGUUAUGCGUGAAAUUAGCUUGACAAUUUUAUAUUUAUUUCUGAAACUUCCUAAUCAUAAAAUUAGUUUCAGAUGAUUUUGUGGGAAAACCUUUGCAUAAAGUUUGUGUUUCUAUGUUAUUGUAGCUAAUAAUAAUGACACUUGUCUGGAGAAAUGCUUUUUGAACUGUGGCUUUUUUAUUUUUAAAUGAUCCUUAUAUUUCUCUCCUAAUUUGUCCCUUUUCUGCUACUAGUUCAAAACUUUAGAGGAGCUAUUGUAAGGUGCCUUGCAAAAUUGAAAUAGAAAGAUUUAUAGCAUGCAUACUGAUAUAAAAUUAUGCCAAGCAUUCCCAAAUUCCAAAUUUUAUAUCACUAUAAGUCCUGCUGGUGUUAUGGAGAAUUUUUUUUUUUUUUCUCUCCUCUGCCCCAAUUUUUACAUAAUUACCAUAUAGAAUGCAUUAUAAUUCUUAAGUAGAGUUGCAUUCACAAUUUGACUAUAGACAAAAUUAUUUUAAUCACACUAUUUAUGUUAGCAUGUUAAUUGUGCAAACAUUUUGAAACUCCACUACCUGCAUUCAUAUCAAAAUUGUGGCUUCAUGCCAUAAUGAAAUUGAAAGACUCUGUAAUUAUGCAAGCAGUUGUUUAAUUUCAACUGUGCAUUAUUGUUUUCCCUAAUUUUUAAUCUGCAAUUAAUUGAAAUAAAAUUUCUUUGCAUUUGAUUAUAUAGAUUUAAUAUUAAAUUUAAUGAUUAUCUUAUGUAACAUUAAAAAUC